GGGGGGGGGGGCAGAGCCACGGGAACCCAGGGGCUCGUUCCGGGAGCGCCAGCAGCACCGGGGAGAACGGCCAGCGCGGACGCUCGUGAGCUCCCGGGGCUUCGGAUCUGCGCGUGUUUCUUGACGUUCGGAGGACCCGCGGCAGUUCCGCGUGCUUCGGUGCCGAGCGGUCGGUUCGGGAUGGAUGCCAUCAUGCUGCAGGAAAAACUGGUGGAGCGGCUGCUGUGCCCGCGAGUGAGAACAGCGAGGCAGAAGGAGAAACAGUACGUCGGUUUUGCCACUUUGCCCAACCAGGUCCACAGGAAGUCGGUGAAGAAAGGCUUCGACUUCACGCUGAUGGUGGCAGGAGAGUCUGGGAUGGGAAAGUCCACCCUGGUCAACAGCCUGUUCCUCACAGACCUCUACAAAGACAGGAAGCUACUGAACGCAGAGGAGCGCAUCAACCAAACCGUGGAGAUCAUCAAACACACGGUGGACAUCGAGGAGAAGGGCGUCAAACUCAAGCUGACCAUCGUGGACACGCCCGGGUUCGGAGACGCCGUCAACAACAACGAGUGCUGGAAGCCCAUCACAGACUAUAUAGAUCAGCAGUUCGAGCAGUACUUCAGGGAUGAGAGUGGGCUGAACAGAAAGAACAUCCAGGACAACAGGGUCCACUGCUGCCUCUACUUCAUCCCCCCGUUCGGACACGGGUUGCGCCCGGUGGACGUGGAGUUCAUGAAGGCUCUGCACGAGAAGGUGAACAUCAUCCCGCUCAUCGCGAAGGCCGACUGCCUCACGCCCAACGAGAUAAAGAAGCUCAAAGACCGAAUACGGGAGGAAAUAGACAAGUUUGGGAUCAAAGUGUAUCAGUUCCCUGAGUGCGACUCGGACGAGGACGAGGAGUUUAAACAGCUGGACAAAGAGCUUAAGGAGUGCACCCCGUUCGCCGUGAUCGGGAGCAACACGGUGGUGGAGGCUCGAGGCCAGAGAGUCCGAGGACGGCUGUACCCGUGGGGCAUCGUGGAAGUGGAGAACCAGUCGCACUGUGACUUCGUGAAGCUGAGGAACAUGCUGAUCCGCUCGCACAUGCACGACCUCAAGGACGUCACCUGCGACGUGCACUACGAGAACUACAGGGCGCAGUGCAUCCAGGAGAUGACCAGCAAACUGGCGCAGGACAAUCGCAUGGAGAGCCCCAUCCCCAUCCUGCCGCUGUCCACGCCAGACGUGGACACGGAGAAGCUGAUCAAAAUGAAAGACGAGGAGCUGAAGAGGAUGCAGGAGAUGCUCAACAAGAUGCAGCAGCAGAUGCAUGACAAAGACCAGUGAGCCGCUGGGCUGCAGCGCCCCCUGCUGGUCGCUCCGCAGCGGCAGCGAGGCCUUCGGGCGUGGAGCGUGGACCCGCGUUGACGCUGGCUGUAUUUAUCCUGGGUUUGGUGCUUUGUAUAGUUUGUCUGCCGGGAGGCGUUUUUUUUUCUCUGACUGUCUGUUCGCCCACUUUGAGCCUCCCGCUGUGGUUUAACAGUCUUAACGUAUAUAAUAUAAACGCGUAAUUUAAUUUACUACUCUGUGUAUCUAAUUUAUAAUGCAGUGCUACACUUUUUUGGAUUCUCUGUCAGGGUAUGAAAUGUGUAUUUGAAUUUAGGUUGUUUGUGACGCUUAGACUGAACAUGGACUUUGUUCUCUGGUGUGGUUUGUUUGUGUGGUUUUGGGUGUGAGUGUUUUUUUUACUACAUAUCAUUUGGAAUCCGUCCAUAAAUCUCCCAGAGUGACUUGAUUUCUAUUAAGACCCUGCUUUGGCUUUUGUUCCCAAAUGAGCCUCAAUAUCCCCAAUUUUAAGCCACAGCAGGUCAAAAUAUCCUCCAUCAGCGUUUGUACAUGUGCUGGCUGAGCUGAACAUCCACUUAUUGCCAGUGGCUAACUUUGAUCGGAGCGUCUGUGACAUAAUAAGGGGUUCGGUGCAACACAGGGUGCAUGUGCUGCCAUUACUCAUAUACCGCUAAAUGCUGUGGGCCUAUUUUUAGUGCUUUAUAGCCAAAGCCCUGUGUUUGUAUGAAAACGCAUCCUGACCUAAAGCUUUGUUGCCUGUGUGUGUGUGCGUGUGUGUGUGUGUGUGUGUGUGUGCGCGCUGGUGCUGGAUGGUUCGUAUUUUGGCUGUGAGCUCAGCCUGUGACCCGUUUAUAUACAGGUGUGACAAAUAAACUGUCUCUUGUGCA